AGAUGAGUUACUGUUUCGAGGAGGUUGUGUCCAUGCGCCAUCGACCCUGACGCUCACCUCCCCUGCCAGUUGUCUCCCUUUGUUUCCCUCCUGUCUUUCAUGACAACAUCCUGAUAUCCUCUCCAACCCCAGCGGUCAUACUACAACCACCAACACCGACGACUUCUACAGCUAUCUAUCCCUAUCCACCACAGCAAGAAUCGAUACCCAAUGCCACCCGCCACCCGCUCCUCCGCGCCCUCCUCCCCCACCUCCACCCGCUCUCAUACAUCCCACGGCCCGCUCUCCGCCGCUUCGUCCUACAACAGCCACAGCAGCAGCAGUAGCGCCUCUAGCCACAGCUCGGCCUCGACCGCGACCCCGUCCAAGCGCGGGCACGGUUCAGCCUCGCACGGUUCAGCCUCCGCCUCCCUCUCGCAUGGGGGCCUGCCGACGCCCCGCAGCACACCGGGCCGCGGGAGCACACCGCGCCAUUCGCCGCGCAGGGUUCCGCACUGUGUCAAGUGCGGGCGGCCGCGCGCGGGGCAUCCGCGUUCGGGGUGUCCGUAUGCUGGUGCUGGCGGGGGGCGCCGUGGGGUCAAUGCUGGAGGAGGAGAUGGUGGGGGUGGGGAUAACGAGAUGGCGGACGGGGUGUCGACUGUGAACGGGGAUGGGGAUGGGGACGAUGAUGAUGAUGAUGGGGACACCGAGAUGGGGAUGGCGGAUGGGGAGCAGCGGGGCGGGCACGAGUGUGAUAGGCGGAUGGUGGAUGCGACGGCGUCGUUGCAGAGUUUGCAGAUUGUGGUCCCGGGCAAGGAGGAGGCGAUGGAGCCGCUGUCUGAAGGCGACGAGGAGGACUACAACGGGGGGUGCAAGAGGAAGGGCGGGAUGGGCAGGAAGAGCUCGAAGAAGAGGGACAAGGGGCGGCUGUGUGUGCGCUUCGCAGUGGCGGACGAGGGGGAUCUGGCGAGCCUGUCGAGCGGGGCGAUGCAGAUCGUGAACAGGCUGCUGCAGCCGGGCAUUAUGGCUUCUCAUCGGUAUGGUCACGACGAGGAAGACGAUGGCGGGGACGAGGAGGGAUACUUUCCCGUCUCGCCGGAUCUUACGCCGACGCCGACGCAGCAGACGCAGCCAACGGAGUCUCAAGAGUAUUAUUCGCAGUGGCAGGCGAGUUCGCUCGGCAAACAGGACUCGUUCAUCCUCCGGUGGCAGAGCUCGCUUGUGCAGGCGAACCCGGAGCCGCCGACGACGAUGGAGAUGGAGAUUGAGGAGGAAGAGGACAUCAAGCCAGUGCUACUGGACUCGCUCGCGGAGGAGGGGGUACCUCCACCAACGCAGCCUGCGGCCCCCGUGCCCGUCGUGAAGCUCUCGAGGCGCAUGCCGGGGACGCUAUACACGCCCACGUCGAGCAUCCAGUCGGCCGAGGACACGAAGGCGGGGCUGCAGCGCGACCGCGAGCGGUGCUGGAACGACAACGCGUUCUCUAAUCCGACCGCGCCUGCCCCGCCCGUGUUCAACCGCCCCGCGCCGAGCACGCCCCCGCCCGCGCCGCGCAAGGCGCGCCCGAUCAUGCGGACGAUGAGCGCGGAAGAGCGGUCGUCGUUUAUCCGCGAUCUCAAUGCGCGGAGUAAGACCGCCACGGGCAGUCCUAACGGCGGUGGCGGGGAGGGCUUGGCGGGGAACAUGCCGCCGGCGAUGCUGUUCCGGAUCAACGCGGCGGACGUGGCGAAGGUGAAGGGCGACGCGCACAAGCACGGGUUCUUUGUGGAGGCGUUUGCGGGGGAGGAGAAGGGCCAGGCGUGGUUGGUGCUUGGGCGGGACCGGGAGGCAGUUGCGGUGCUGGGGGAGAGGUUUAGUGAGGAGAGCAAGAAAGAGGAGGAGCAGGAGCGGGCGCAGAAGACGGCGAGUAAGGGGUCGAGGCUGGGUGCGUAUGCGAGGGGUGCCGUUGUCGGUGCCGUGGCGACGUGGACUGGGCUGGCGUUUUCGUAGGUUUGGGAAGUAAUGUUUUGAUACUUUUGUCGUCACGGUUCACGGGACGGUGUAGAUAUGUAAGAGUGUAAUAUUGGACCAUAGCUUUCUUUAAUCUAAUAGCAU